ACCACGCUCCAUCUCCCGGUCGCCUCCGGCCGUUUCUUCCUGUCUAUCCGGCGACGACGAAGGCCCGCCCGUUCGGAGACAAAGAUGAGGACGAGGCGCGGGUCUCUCUAUUCCAGCGGCGGAGAGGUUGCAGCUGUGGCGGGGCAGAAGAGGAAGAGGCAGUCGUUGGGGCAGUCGGCGGUUGCCGGCGAGUGCUCCGGCGGCGGGCGCCGGAAGCGGCUUGCGGGCGGGCCGGACUACCUGGACGAGCUCCCCGACGACCUCGUCCUCUCCAUCCUCUCCAAGCUCGCGGCGUCAGCCUCGGCGCCCUCCGACUUGCUCUCCGUGCAUCUUACGUGCAAGCGGCUCAACGGGCUUGGGCGGCAUGACAUGGUGUUCGCCAAGGCCUCGCCGGCGUCGAUGGCCGUCAAGGCGGCGGUGUGGUCCGAGCCGGCGCAGAGGUUCCUCAAGUGCUGCGCCGACGCCGGCAACCUCGAGGCCUGCUACAUUCUCGGCAUGAUACGCUUCUAUUGCCUUGGGAGCCGCAGCGGCGGCGCGGCGCUGCUCGCGAGGGCGGCGGUCGGCGGGCACGCCGCGGCGCUCUACUCGCUGGCGGUCAUCCAGUUCAACGGCAGCGGGGGCGCCAAGUCCGACCGCGACCUGCGCGCCGGCGCGGCGCUGUGCGCGCGCUCGGCCGCCCUCGGCCACGUCGACGCGCUCCGCGAGCUUGGGCACUGCCUCCAGGACGGCUACGGCGUGCGCCGCGACCCCGCCGAGGGCCGCCGCCUCCUCGUUGCCGCCAACGCCCGCGAACUCACCCUGGCGCUCGCCGAGGCCACCUCGCACCGCACCUUCACCGCCCUCCCGCUCGGCGCCGGCGCUGGCUGCCCCCUCCUCUCGGAGUACGGCUGGAGCCUCCCGGAGGCGGAGCCCCACGCGGCCAACCAAUUCAUGGUGGAUUGGUGGGCCACCCACGGGGGCCACGCUGCCGGCAAGAGGCUGGCAGCAGCCGAAGCCACCGGCGACAGCGAAGGCGACGCCGCCGAGCUCCGCUUAUGCUCCCACCUCCGAUGCGGCCGGCGUGAGACGCGGCGGCACGAGUUCCGGCGGUGCUCCGUGUGCGGCGCGGCGAACUACUGCUCCCGCGCGUGCCAGGCGCUGGACUGGAAGCGGGCGCACAAGGCGCAGUGCGUGCCCAUGGACCGCUGGCUCCUCGCCGGCGGCGAGGCAGCCCAGUAACAGAGCACAGCUCCCAACGGCCGACGCACACCAGCAAUCCUACAAGCCCACGGCUCUCCAGCCGCGCCGGUCCACCGCUUGUACGGUAGACCGGGUGUAGCGAAACAAGGCACAGCAGAAAAAAAAGGCGUUUCGGGUUUUUUUCCCCCUCUCUCCUUUUCACUUGAGGUUUCUGCCCUGCCGUUUGGGUGUCGUCUUGUCGGACGCAGUAUUCUACUGGGGAAGAGGAGUCGAGAGAUACCCGCGCCCUUUUUCUGUUUUAUUUCUACCAAGUUCCUCGAAGAAUUCCAGGCCCUUUUUUAAAUCGAGUUUUGGAGUUGAGAUUUCCUUCGAUUUUCGUCGCCUUCUUGUGCCCUGGUGUUUUGGACGGACGCUGUGGAGGUACGGACAAAGAAGGCAGCUCGGCUGUUUCGCUCGCUUCGAGAUGAUCAGGGUGAUUAGGGGCAGUGAUUAGCAGCGGCAAUCAGGGUGUGUGUCGUGCGGCGUCUUUUUUCUAAUCUCGAGGUCUGGGAAGUUUGGAGCUU